CUUCAGGAAGAAAAGAAGAUUCUCUUCUAUUACCCAAACGAUGUAGAAAAGAAUGAAAAAAUCAGAAAUGUUGGAUUAUGCGAGGCCAUUGUUCAGUUCACAAGGACCUUUAGUCCUACAAAACCUGCAAAAUCCCUACAUACUCAGAAAAAUAGACAGUUCUUCAAUGAACCGGAAGAAAAUUUCUGGAUGGUUAUGGUUGUACGGAAUCCAAUGAUCGAAAAACACAAAGAUGGGAAAGCUGUCAUUGAAUACCAAGAAGAGGAGUUACUGGACAAAGUUUAUAGUUCGGUGUUACAGCAAUGUUAUAACAUGUACAAGCUUUUUAAUGGCACAUUCCGAAAAGCCAUGGAGGAUGGAGGCGUACGAGUUCUGAAAGACAGGCUAGAGAAAUUCUUCCAUCGGUACUUGCAAACGCUCCACUUACAGUCCUGCGAUCUGCUGGAUGUCUUCUGUGGAAUCAGCUUCUUUCCAUUAGAUAAGAUGACUUACUUGAAAAUCCAGUCGUUCAUCAAUAAAAUGGAAGAAAGCUUAAGCAUAGUCAAGUACACAGCCUUCCUCUACAACGAUCAGCUCAUCUGGAGUGGAUUAGAACAAGAAGACAUGAGAAUUUUGUACAAGUACCUCACCACAUCACUGUUUCCAAGACAUAUGGAACCUGAGUUGGCAGGAAGAGAUUCCCCCAUACAUGUAGAAAUAUCUGGAAAUCUACAGCACUAUGGAAGGUUCCUCACUGGACCUCUGAAUCUGAAUGACCCAGAAGCAAAAUGCAGGUUCCCCAAAAUAUUUGUUAACACAGAGGAUGCUUAUGAAGAGCUUCAUUUAAUUGUGUAUAAGGCGAUGAGUGCAGCUGUCUGUUUUAUGAUUGAUGCCUCUGUGCAGCCUACGUUGGAUUUCUGCCGCAGACUCGAUAGCCUUGUUGGGCCUCAGCUUACCGUACUAGCUUCGGAUAUAUGCGAACAGUACAACCUCAAGAAAAGGAUGUCAGGAUCAGAGAAGGACCCUCAGUUUAAAUUUAUCUACUUCAAUCAUAUGAAUUUGGCAGAGAAAAGUACCAUCCAUAUGAAGAGAACUUCAAGUUUCUCACUCACAUCAGUCCACCCUGACUUGAUGAAGAUUCUUGGCGAUAUCAACAAUGAUUUUACUAGGGUUGACGAUGACGAAGAAAUCAUUGUGAAGGCCAUGAGCGACUACUGGAUUGUCGGCAAGAAGUCUGAUCAGCGGGAACUGUAUGUUAUUUUGAAUCAGAAAAAUGCAAACUUGAUUGAAGUGAACGAAGAAGUAAAGAAACUUUGUGCAACCCAGUUCAACAACAUUUUCUUCUUGGAUUGAUCAGCCAAGGGUCUCACUCAUCAAAUAUGGCUUUAAGACUUCCAGAAGGCAUAAUCUGUUUACAGGGACCAGUUAUUGAGUCAUGUUACUGACUGGCAAAAUGACAAUAGUAAAGCAAUACUUGCUUUGUACGAAUUGACUUUCUACGAAAACCAUAUCCUCUCCGAUCGUAUCGUUUUUUAGAUUUUAAAGUAUUUAUGUGCAAAUUGAUUAAAAUUGGUCCAAAUUAAA